AUGCUUGAUAGCUGCAAUGGCGAGGUAAAGGCCAGCUGCGACACAUGCCCUCUUGGAAGUGGCACGGCUGUGAAGCAAAGAGGUGAUGGUGAUGGUGGGGCGAAGAACAUUUGGAGUUUCGAGGGUCGCCCUGUCACGUGA